CACAACAAAUAAUAUUUCAACAAGUUACUAAUAACGAGUAUUUAUCAUCUUAACAAAAAUAUUUAAACAAGUCAAUGUAUUGAGGAUAGACUGAUUUGGCAUGGUAAUUCUGAUGGGAUUUUCACUGUUAAAUCAGCUUAUCAUUUCGCGGUUAUCCUAAAGCAGCAGAAUGGUAGAUGGAGAGCUCUGGCUAGCUGGAUGGACAAGGCUAGUUGGAUCCGUUUGUGGGAAGCUAAUGUUCCCCCGAAGCUAAAAGUGUUUGUUUGGCAAAUCUUUCAUCGGAUUCUACCUACGACGGAGGCUCUGAUUGAGAAGAAGGUGGUGGUUUUACCUAGAUGCCCGGUGUGUUGGGAAGCCUCUGAGACCCUGGAACAUCUGUUUCUAGAUUUUCCGGUUGCUCCUGCCCUUUGGGAUCAUACUGGACUCGCUCACUUGGGGGGAGGGUUACCGCGUCAUACCUUCCCGCUCUUUCUGAGAAAACUUUUGGCAUUGCUUCAUCAACCAUUUCUGGUAAUGUCGGUUAUUGCCAUCCUUUGGAGGAUCUGGCGAUCUCGUAACUGGGUUGUCUUUGAAGGCAAGCAGUUUGGGGUUCCUGCCUUGAUGCGACAGUUUAAUCAACAGGUUCAGGAAUGGGUUAGUCUGUCGGUGGAUCGGGUCCAUCCAGUUUUGCGUUCUCAUUCUCCCCCCUCUGAUCCUGUCGGAUCGAGUCAGGUGAUUUGUAUAUGGGAUGGGGCGGUUCGGAGUGGCUCUCAUUCAGCAGGUGGGAUGGUCCUUAUGAGUCCAGAUAGAGAGAUUCUUCUAGUCAAGGGGGUCCAGUUCCCGGUGAUGGAUGAUCCUAUGAUGAUUGAGGUGCUUGUUCUCCGGGAGGCAACUCGUGGUACUUGGACACUGGCUUUACCGCAGUCAUGUUUGAAGGCGAUGCCCAGGUUAUUAUCGAGAAGAUCCUUCGGAGGGAUGCAAGGGAUGCCCGGGUGGGAUCGAUUCUUGAAGAGAUCAUCCAGUCCUUUGAUAUGAGGUUGGGCUUCACUGUACGAUUUGUAGGUCGGCGUAACAAUAAGGUAGCUCAUUUGGUGGCUCGGAAAGCCCUUUCUUUGUACCCGACUAUGAGUCAUUUAUUUGAUUUUCAGGCAUAGUUGAAUUCCAGGAUGUAACUAUCGUUUGUUCAAUCAAUAUAUGAUUAUCUUUUAU